AUGUCCUGCGAAAACUGCAAGAAGGGUUUCCAAUGGGACGGCAAGUCCGUUGGUAAGGAAACCAAGCUCGACAACAUCGACACCUACGUGACGGGCGAUAACAAGGAUGCCGCGAUCCUCAUCAUAACCGACAUCUUCGGCUGGACUCUCCCCAACAUCCGUCUACUGGCAGACCAUUAUGCGAAGGAGGCUAAUGCGACUGUCUACGUACCUGACGUCUUUGGUGGCGAAGUCGUAGACCCCGAUGCCAUGUCCAACCCCGAGAAGCAAAAGAACUUCGACGUCAUGGCUUUCAUCGGUCGCAACAACAAGGACAUUCGCUGGCCCGAGAUCAAGCAGCACGCUCAGACCCUCAAGUCACAGUACAAGAAGGUCGCUGCCGUGGGCUUCUGCUACGGUGGCUGGGCUUGCUUCAAGCUCGCCGCCGACCCCUCGCUCAUCGACGCCGUCUCCACCGCACACCCCUCGAUGCUAGAAAAGUCCGAGAUUGAGGCCGUCAAGGUUCCCGUUCAGGUUCUGAGCCCAGAGCAUGACGCCAUGUACACGGAGGAAUUGAAGAAGGCUACUUUGGAGAUACUGCCCAAGACUGGUGUGCAGUGGGAGUACGUUUACUUCCCGGGCCUGAACCACGGCUUUGCUGCGCGUGGUGACCCCAGCGAUGAGCAACAAAAGAACGGACUGGAAAGGGCUAAGAGGAGUGCUGUGAACUUCUUCACUGAGUUCCUGCACUAA